UUACAGAUUGUUCAGAUAUUAUUGUUAAUGAAUCAGAAUUGAUGGAUACUAGUAUUCCUGUGGAAAAACAUGUGUCAGUAGCUUCACAAACACUAAAACACAGAAUGUUUUCUGCUGAAAAUUUCAGAAAUGACACAGCUGGAUUGCAUUUUUACACAGGAGUUGAAAAUAUUGAGAAAUUUUUCUUUAUUUUAUACACACUUGGACCUUCAGCCUUUUGCCUACAAUGUAUUUUUCACAAUGUUGUGAACAUUAGUGUUCCUAAUCAAUUUUUCUUGGUUCUAAUGAAAUUAAGGCGACAUACCACUAACUUUGAACAGUCAAGAAUGUUUGAAACGUCUGAAAAGGCCGUGCAGAAUAUUAUAAUUACAUGGAUCAACUUUAUGGCUAAGCAGUGGGGUGAAAUAAACAUUUGGCCAUCAGGUGAUCUCGUAAGAUAUUAUGCACCAACCAGAUUUAAAAAAAAAUUCCCGAGUACUCGAGUAAUAGUAGACGGCACAGAAUUUCCUAUAAAAAAACCUAAAAAUCCAAAAUCACAACAGAAAACUUUCUCCACUUACAAAAACAGGAAUACUGUAAAGGUUCUUGUAGGCUCUACACCUGGUGGAUUGGUUUCAUUUAUUUCACCAGCAUAUGGCGGAAGUGCGAGUGAUCGUCAAAUAACGGAGCGCAGUUCUUUAAUGACCUGUUGUGAUCCGUAUGAUAGCAUAAUGGCAGACAGAGGUUUCAGUGUACAAGACCUCUUUGCAACUCAAAAUGUUGCCAUCAAUAUGCCUACAUUCUUUAAAAAGAAAAACAGAUUGACUGGAGAAACUGUAAUAAAAGAUAGAAAAAUUUCGAGCAAAAGGGUUCACAUAGAGCGAAUAAUUGGGCUGGCAAAAACUUUUAAAAUUUUAACUGAACCAAUGACAGCAACAGAAACAAAUCUGUCAACUGAAAUAACUUUUGUGUGUUUCUUUUUGUGCAAUUUCAGAAAAUGCAUAGUUUCCAAGAAUGCUUGA